GUGCAAACUAUUUCCACAGUACUAUAAAUAAGGCUGCAGAGUUGAUAGUCUCAAACCAAAGGCGUGGCUGUGUGCAGGUGGACUCCAUCUCAACUUUAUACAAGCAGGACUUUUCUCCUCCGAGGAACUAAAUCACCGCAAACAUGCCUAAAUGCCCCAAGUGCGAGAAGGAAGUGUACUUCGCGGAGAGAGUGUCAUCACUUGGCAAAGACUGGCAUAGACCCUGUCUGAAGUGUGAGAAAUGCAACAAGACCCUGUCGGCUGGCUCACACGCAGAGCAUGAGGGGAAGCCCUAUUGUAACAACCCAUGCUACGCUGCACUCUUUGGACCUAAAGGUUUUGGACGUGGCGGCACUGAGAGCCACACAUUCAAAUAGGCAAUUGCACAGGUUUUUCUCAAGAGCUUGAUUUUUUGUUUUUUUUAUCCACCUAUUGUUAAACCAAAGACAAAUGACCAAAUCAUGUUUUAGAAAGUACUAAUUUGUAUAAUCUGUUUUUAAAAUGUUGUCUGCUAUAGCAGCACACAAUGAUGUUUCAUCGGGGGCACUAGUCAAUAAAGAUCCCUUUAAAAUUAAACUGAACAUUAUAUACAUUAAAUGUAUGUUUUAAACCUC